AUGAAAUCACAAGUCUUGAAGGAAUUCUUGCAAGUUCACAAUUCUUUUGAUAUGGCUAAUGGUUCCACCAACUCGCGCUUGGCAACAUUGGAGAGUCAAGCUAACUCCAUGGCUAAAUAUCAUUUAUACCCUCCUCAUUACUCUCACUUUUACUUCCGCACGGUUUCCGGCUGUUUGGGCGAGCCGUGCCUGUUGUAUUCCUGGUGGCGAGGGUUAAUUACUUGUAACGCAGACGCUCAGGGACUUCCAACCAAGUCGGCAUUGGUGUUGGCACCUUUUGUUCUUCUGGAAUUGGUCACGUUGGACACCUUCUUAAAUCUCAUUGAAUCACAUUUCUCCAGUUCUACUGAAGAGGAGGAUGCAAGGAAGGCUUUCUUUGCUCUUCGUCAAGGUUCCUCAUUGAUCUCCGACUUCAAUAUCCAGUUUAACACCUUACUUUAUUCAGUCAAUCUCUCACCAAAGUCCACUCUUGAACAUUAUGAACGCGCUAUCAACCAGAAGAUCAUCAAGUUGGGCAUUCAACGUGGGGGUUGGUCUGAGCUGAAUAAUUUGGACGACAUGCAACAUAUGGCCGUCAAGCUGUCUCUGGAUGUUGGUCGCGUUAAUCAAAUCAAUCAACGCAAGUUCACGGUUCCACCUCCGCGCAUCAAAUAUCGUGUCUCUGGUUCGGCACCGGUCACAUCAUCCCUGACAUGA